AUAGCGUUCGCUGCCCGACCCGACAGCUGGCAUGAUGUGCAUGGUUUCUCACAGCCGCCAACGACUAUUCACGAACGCGAAUUCCGCCGAACGCAUCGCCGCCAAAGCAAAACGUCAACCGCCGCACGACGAAGAUCGCUCCACCGCAGGACGAUUACGCCGUCGCCGCCGACUUUCGCUUAAAAGGUUUCGUUGUUCAACUGCGGCCGUGUACACGCGGAUACGACCACCAUGCCCCGUGGAAAGCGCAGGCCCAAUCAACACCACAAGUCAACUACGGAUACACUAGCUGGAAAAGGACGUGAUUUAGACAUGUCGGACGAUGAGUCAUAUAAUGAUAAUGCGAGUGUAAUCAGUAAUUUAUCUUGUAGCACAUCGAAUGAAGAACGUUCCUGUGUUGCUAUUGAUGAAACUGAUGAAUCUCAGAUUGAUGCAUUUGAAGAGAAACUAAGUGACGCAAUUGAUGGUUUAUCACAGAAGUCUGCGCAAGGACGUACAUUAAGUUUUGAAGCUGUUUGUAACAUAUUUUGCAAAAAAUAUAUACCCGAUUAUAUUUUAAAUAGGCGUAUGACAAUAACUGAUUCCAUUGAGCGCGCUCUUAAAAAAGGGGGCGAUAAUGAGAAAGCUGCAGCAGCUAAUUUAGCUAGUUUAUUGUGUAUACAAUUAGGUGCACUGGACAUGGCAGAACAUUCUUGUCAAGAACUAUUACCUAUACUAAUGUUUGUUGUUAAUGAUGAAUCUGUUCCUUUAUUAGCCCGAGAAAAAUGCUGUUUGGCCAUAACAUUACUAACUUUUAUUAGUUGCAAUGAAGAAAUUGAUGCAGCUAUGCAAUUAAUGCGCAACUUAUGGAGACGUUUAUUACAUUCAACAACUAUUUCUCCGUCGAUAGCAGCUCUAUAUUCGGCAGCAUUAUCUUCAUGGUCUCUCCUGCUGUCCACUGUAUCAAUUAGAAAUUCUUCUGCUAUUAUUCCUACUUUAGCGGAAUUGAGUACUCUCUUAGACUCAACACAUCUAGAAGUGAGAAUGGCUACUGGUGAAUUAAUAACAGUUUUGCUAGAAAUGGCACGUGAUUGUGAAGACAUGGAUGAAUAUGAGCCAGAUGAAGAAUUUAUUAAUAAAUUACGCGAACUAGCAACAGAUUCACAAAAGUAUAGAGCUAAAAAAGAUAGGAAAACACAAAGAUCAAACUUCAGACAAAUUCUUCAUUAUGUAGAAUUGGAUGAACCUCCAAAUAUUCAAAUACGUUUUGGUCAAGAAAUAUUAACAAUGAACUCAUGGAUCAUAAAAAAGCAAUAUGAUGUGUUGUGUCAAGCAUUAGGAUCUGGAAUGAACAUGCAUAUGACAGAGAAUGAUCUAAUUCGUGACAUAUUGAGCCUUGGCCCUAAAUUAUGUCAGACGACACUUUUGAGUAACAAACAAUCAAAACUCGAAAGGCAACAAAUUAAUGCUGCCAACUUCAAGGUGCGCACAAAAACUAGAGGAAAAGUACGAGACAAAAGAAUAGCUUUUAUUGAUUAAAGAAUCAUAUAAAAUUUUAGUAAAUUAUUAUACCUACUAUAUUAUAAUGCAAAACCACUUGAGCAUGUGAUAAAUACUGUUGUUAAUAUUCUGUUUUUUGUUAAUCAUUUCAGUUUUUCUAUGUGUAUUGUCAGAUAUAUGUUUUUAAAAACAAUUGGGGUUUUUUUUUUUUUUUGUCUUAAUUAACUACCAAAUAUUUAGAAUAUUAUAUCAAAUAACUUAGCAGGACUUUCGAGUUUACUAAUUCAUUUUAAUAUAUUUAAGUUGCCAACUUAUCUCUUUUUAUCAAAUCAUGCUGUUUUAAUAACAAACGCGGUGCCUGUUGUACUACUAAAUAUAAUUUGUAACUUAUUACUGCCAUUAUGUUAUAUUGAGACUGACAAAUGUAUAAGUAAUUGUAUCAGAAAAAAAAUGUCAUCUGCGCCAAGAAUGAUUUUUUUUUCAUUUUUUACAAGACUUAUUUUAAUUUCCAGUUAUCAAUUGCAAUAGAUAUCAAAACACAGUGUUACUGUGAAAAAUAAUUAAUUAAAAUAUCAGUAGUUACAGGCAUCUAAAUAAAUAUUGUUUAGUUAAGUUAACUAUAUCAAUUUAUAGUAUUAAUUCGAAGUGUAUAAAGUAGCAUGUACUUCUAUUAUUAUUUUUGGAUUGAAAUCUUUUUCUUUAAAUAAAUCUUUAAAGAAUAAAUAA